CAGAAGUUUCUGCUGCUAACAAACAUUAAUGGAUUUUUUUUGUUUUUAUCAUGACUUAGUAGAACCAAAUACCUCAAUAAAUCAUCGAUCAUAAAACUGUUCCUUGCAUUUCGUUAAAAAAAAUCAGAAUUGACAUAUGUUUAAAAUCUUUCUACACCUUCUCAGAGUCUGAUCACCGUAUAAAAUUGAGGAAGAUUCCCUGGGUUAUAAAGAUGAAGAGGCUACUUCUUCUGGUGCUGAUUUCAAUCUGCUGGGCUGAUCAUCAUUCAGACAACUACACUCUAGAUCAUGACAGAGUGAUUCACAUCCAAGCAGAAAAUGGCCCCCGUCUAUUCGUGGAAGCAGAACAAGCCAGGGUGUUCUCACAUCGAGGUGGCAAUAUUACACUGCCAUGUAAAUUUUAUCGAGACCCUACAGCAUUUGGCUCAGGAACCCACAAGAUCCGAAUUAAGUGGACCAAGCUAACUUCAGAUUACCUCAAGGAAGUGGACGUUUUUGUUUCCAUGGGAUAUCACAAGAAAGCCUAUGGAGGCUACCAGGGUAGAGUGUUUCUGAAGGGAGGCAGUGAUAAUGAUGCUUCUCUGGUGAUUGCAGACCUCACCCUGGAGGAUUAUGGGAAAUAUAAGUGUGAGGUGAUUGAAGGAUUGGAAGAUGAUACUGCUGUGGUAGCAUUAGAUUUACAAGGUGUGGUAUUCCCUUACUUCCCACGACUCGGGCGCUACAAUCUCAAUUUCCACGAGGCACAGCAGGCGUGUCUGGACCAGGAUGCUGUGAUCGCCUCCUUCGACCAGCUGUAUGAUGCCUGGCGGGGCGGGCUAGACUGGUGCAACGCCGGCUGGCUCAGCGACGGGUCUGUGCAGUACCCCAUCACGAAGCCCAGAGAGCCUUGCGGAGGCCAGAACACGGUGCCCGGUGUCAGGAACUACGGGUUUUGGGAUAAAGACAAAAGCAGAUAUGAUGUUUUCUGUUUUACAUCUAACUUCAAUGGCCGGUUUUACUACCUGAUCCACCCCACCAAGCUGACCUACGACGAAGCGGUGCAAGCUUGUCUCAACGAUGGUGCUCAGAUCGCAAAAGUGGGCCAGAUCUUCGCAGCCUGGAAACUUCUGGGAUACGACCGCUGCGAUGCGGGCUGGCUGGCAGAUGGCAGCGUCCGCUACCCCAUCUCUCGGCCGAGGAGGCGCUGCAGUCCCACGGAGGCUGCUGUGCGCUUCGUGGGGUUCCCAGAUAAAAAGCAUAAGCUGUAUGGUGUCUACUGCUUCAGACCAUACAACUGAGCGUGCCCCUAGAGCACAUCAGUUUUAAAGUCAUUAAGAACAUGUGAAAGGUUUUUUGUUUUUU